GGAGGUUCCGAGGGCGGGUCUUCCGAGCUUCGGGAACGUCAGCACGUCGACGCGGGGGUUUUCUCUGGUGUCCCACUGACGCCGCUCCUGUGUUCCUGAGCCAGUGUUCGGGCUGUCCCGGGGCGGCUGGCGGACUCGGUUAGGGGCCGGACCCCGCGAUCUGUCCGGGUCACCGCCCUCCCGGCCUGCCCUCUUUCCGGUCCACACUAGGGACGCCUGAGGCCGUGGGGUCCCUGAGCUGGGCCGGGGAGCUCGGGGCUCAUCCCCUCCUCCCGAGGCUCGGAUGGGAGGUGGCGGGAGGAGAGACCUGGGAUGUUCAGUCUGAUGGCCAACUGCUGCAACUUGUUCAAGCGGUGGCGGGAGCCUGUCAGAGCAUCCUGAAGACGUAGCUCCCACUGUUGGCUUUUCUAAAAUUGAUCUGAGACAAGGAAAGUUCCAAGUUACCAUCUUUGACUUAGGAGGUGGAAAAAGAAUUCGGGGAAUUUGGAAGAAUUAUUAUGCUGAAUCCUAUGGGGUAAUAUUUGUUGUGGAUUCCAGUGAUGAGGAGAGAAUGGAAGAAACAAAGGAGACAAUGUCCGAAGUGCUAAGACACCCGAGGAUAUCAGGAAAGCCUAUAUUGGUGCUGGCCAACAAGCAAGACAAGGAGGGGGCUUUAGGCGAAGCGGAUGUGAUUGAGUGUCUCUCGCUGGAGAAGCUGGUCAACGAGCACAAGUGCCUGUGUCAGAUCGAACCUUGUUCAGCAGUCUUGGGAUAUGGAAAGAAAAUUGACAAGUCCAUUAAAAAGGGGCUUUAUUGGCUACUGCAUAUCAUUGCAAAGGACUUUGAUGCCUUAAGUGAACGCAUCCAGAAAGACACAACUGAACAGCGAGCUCUUGAGGAACAAGAGAAACGUGAGAGGGCUGAACGAGUCCGGAAGUUAAGGGAAGAAAGAGAACGAGAGCAGACGGAACUUGAUGGGACCAGUGGUCUGGCUGAGAUUGACUCAGGACCAGUUCUUGCGAAUCCUUUCCAACCCAUUGCAGCUGUAAUCAUUGAGAAUGAAAAGAAGCAGGAAAAAGAGAAAAAGAAGCAGACCGUGGAGAAGGACAGUGAUGUUGGUCUCCUAGAACAUAAAGUGGAGCCAGAGCAAGCAGCGCCUCAGAGUGAGGCAGAUUGCUGCCUCCAAAACCCUGACGAGCGAGUGGUGGACAGUUACAGGGAGGCACUGUCGCAGCAGCUGGACAGUGAGGAUGAGCAGGACCAGCGAGGGUCAGAGUCCGGGGAAAACAGUAAGAAGAAAACCAAGAAACUAAGAAUGAAAAGGAGUCAUCGGGUAGAACCAGUCAAUACAGACGAGUCUACUCCAAAGAGUCCCACGCCUCCCCAACCUCCCCCUCCUGUUGGCUGGGGAACCCCCAAAGUCACUAGACUUCCAAAACUUGAGCCUCUUGGUGAAACACGUCACAAUGAUUUCUAUGGGAAGCCGCUGCCUCCCCUGGCUGUGCGACAGAGACCUAACGGUGAUGCUCAGGACACGAUCUCAUAACCAAGUCGGAUGGGUUGGUCCUUUUUAUAUCAGCAAGGUGAACUGAGACCUUUCCCCAAAGCAGAAAAGCCCUGAAUGCUGAUGAUGGGCAAGACAACCAUAAUGAUUUCAGGGAAGAAAGAAUAUCCAAGAACUUGACCUGAUAAUGUACUUCUCCAUCUUCUGUGGUUAAAGCAGAAAGGAAACAAAAUGACCAGUAGCUGAAAAGAGCAUCUGGCCACGUAAGCAGUCAUGGCAUCGAUGCUCUGGUUUACACAUCCCGACUUUUGGACAUACUCCUGAAGAAAAACCUCACAAGUUGAGCCAAUGGACUCUACAUACCUGAUUAUUUAAUAAUCUGUAUUUCUAUGCAUUAAACAUGUUUUAUAAGAUAUAUGUACAUGAAAGGGGAAUUCCUGGGAAAUUAUAAUCUAAAUUUUAACUAUUUUUAUAUUUUUUUCUAAACCUUUUGUUUAAGUUUGCUAUUGUAUUGACUACGCUCUUUCUACAGAUGCUCUGUUUAAACUGUCUGGAUAGAAAGUUGAUUUACUGUACACACUUGAAGUGUACAAGCAUGUAUGCUUUGUGAUAACAUUGUUUCUAAAAUGUACACUCCAUCUUGAUGUAAUUUUAAAAUAGUUACUAUUUUAAAAAGCAAAUUCUCAGAUCUUUAAUCUACCAAAUUACAUGAUUUGAGAGUGGUACCCAAGGAGAGAAUUCAGUUCUGUUGUUGCUGUUCAUUUUCCUUGGUGAUGAUAUCAAUAAAUGUUAAGAUGUGUGAAAUACCUUUAAGAAAAUAACUAAAAUUGUUAAAUUAGAAAAAUGUAUCCUGUGGGAUAAUGAUUCAAAAUCCUCACCCCCCCCCCCCCAAGGGACUAGACCUUCUCUGAGUUCAGGGCCCUCUCUGUGCUCUCUGUCAGCAGCUUCAUUGACUGCUUGGGUUGUUUUCUUUCGUCCAUGCCUUGAAAUUAAAGGUAAAAGGCUCCUGAGGGUCUAGAGACUUCAGGUUUCCAGCCAGCAUGGCUGUACAAAUAAAGAUGUUGGUGCAAGUCCUUUCAUAAAGCACUAGUUCUAACAUGACUUCUUAAUUUUAGAUGACAAUAUUCUGCUCUUGAGUGCCAUUGAUAAGGUUCUCUGUCCAACGGCCCUUUACCAAAACUUGUAGAGAUAUUUUAGUAAUGGAUUUAUAAGGUAAUAUUCAAUUGGAGGCAUGCCUUUAAGUCAAGGUGAAAAUAACAAAGAUCAAGUCCCUUCUCACCCUGUUAAGAUUGGUACCAUAUACUGGCAAUGAACAUACACUGGUUUCUGAAUGUAAGUCCACCUAAGGUAGAUUGAUCUGAUCAUUUGCCUUUUAAAUGUUUAUAAUGUAUUGUGUUCAUAUUUGAGCUCCUUGGACCCGGAUCAGUCAGGUCACAUGAUGCUAGUUGGCCCUGGUAGUGUUUCUGUGAGUUUGUUCAUUGUACUUGGCACAGUGAUGGGGAAAAGGUUUAAUUUCUAUGCAAAACAUAUAUGCAAAAUUAGCAGGUGGCUCACAUAAGAGAACCACAAGACAGGAUGUACAUUCUGAACUGGAUUUUAGAGGGAAAAGUGCUCAUCUUCUUGGUUCAUUUUGUAAUAUUUAAAUUGCCUUUUAAAACUAAACUUAUACUUUUGCUAUCUUUUAAUGCUCAUCUGGUUUGAAGAUAUUCUUGCUUCCUACCAGUGUUUACUAUAAAGUACAGUAAUUACUGACUCUAUUUCAUGAAAACAGUUUUGAAAUUGAAUGUAACAUAAACCGGAAUCGAUGUUUUCUAUGGCACUCUCAAAAAAUUAAUGUUUUCUUAAAGCUGUAUAUAAAAAAUCCUUUAAAAACUGUUUUGUAAAUCCUGUCAGAUUUUAAUAUUUCAGUCCUUAUUUUGUUAUACAUUUUCAUUCUAUUCAUCAUGAAUUAUAUAACAUUUCACACAAUAAAAAAUUAUUUACAAUAUACCAUUUAUCUAAUUUUAAAAGAUUUAUUUAUUUAUUUAUUUAGAUAUUUAUUUAAUGUAUAUAUGAGUACAAUUUCGCUAUCUUCAGACACACCAGAUUAGGGUAUCUGAUCCCAUUACAAAUGGUUGUGAGCCACCAUGUGGUUGCUGGGAGUUCAACUCAGAUCCCUUGGAAGAGCCUUCAGUGUUAAUUGCUGAGCCAUCUUUUUAGCCCACCAUCUCUCUUUUUAUUCGGUAGGUUUUAAAUGACUUUCUUUAACUAAUCAGAUGAUUUUUUUUUUCAUUUCUACUGUGGAAAGAGUUAAAUUGGUAGAUUAAAGUAAUAUACUUUUUCUUGUUUUAUAUGAAAACUAUUUAUAAAGGAUGUGUGGAGCAACA